AUGUUAAGAUCGACAGAGGAAAAACUGUUGGCCUCUAAGAGUUGGAGAAGAGCUCGAGCGCAUAACUCGCGCGAGGAGGUCAAUUUGCAGAAAGAAAAAUGUCGCCUCGAUAGACGGGUCGGUCGUGAAAUGUGUCAACUCAGAGCCGCACAGAAUCGCUUUGAACUCCAAUACUACAGAAAGAAUUCUGCCAUCGACAGGAAAAAUUCAAUGAUGGAAAGAACAUCGUCUCUUGUUUUACCACCAGUCAGCGAGGGAAAUGACAGAGACCUUUUAAAGCUGCCGAGAGAAAGAAGAAUGUCUAAGUCGCUAGAUUCGUUACCUCCGAUAGCUAUGGACUCCCUCUCUCUGCCCUGGUCUCUGAAUGGAGCAUUAAAGAGAUCUAGCAGUGUGAAUAGUGCGUCAAACAGCGAUCAAGCUCUCUCUUCAUACAGUGAUGACGCACCGCGACAAGUUGGAUUGCAUCGGCGAGCCCAAUCGUACGCUGAAAUAUCAAGUCGUACAAAUUCUACUUCGUAA